CAUGGCUGACCCGUUGCGGGAGCGCACCGAGCGGCUCCUGGCCGACUAUCUGGGGUGCUGCGCCCGGGAACCCGGCACCCCUGAGCCAAGGCCGUCCACGCCCGAGGCCGCCGUGCUGCGCUCCGCGGCCGCCAGGUUACGGCAGCUCCACCGGUCCUUCUUCUCCGCCUACCGCGGCUACCCCGGGAACCGCGUCGAGCUGGUGGCGCUGAUGGCGGAGGCCGUGCUCUCCGACAGCCCCGGCCCCACCUGGGGCAGGGUGGUGUCGCUGGUGACCUUCGCGGGGACGCUGCUGGAGAGAGAGCCGCUGGUGACAGCCUGGUGGAAGAAGCGGGGCUUCCAGCCGCGGCUGAAGGAGCAGGAGGGCGACGUCGCCCGGGACUGCCAGCGCCUGGUGGCCUUGCUGAGCUCGCGGCUCGCGGGGCAGCACCGCGCCUGGCUUCAGGCUCAGGGCGGCUGGGUGAGCACGCGGCGGACACCGGGACGCGGGGCGGGACGGGCAUCCGGGAAGCGCCCACGAGGCCGGCACGGAUGGCUUUUGUCACUUCUUCAGGAGCCCCUUUCCGCUGGCUUUUUGGAGAAAACUGCUGAUCCAGGCUUUCCUGGCAUGCUUGUUAGCAACAGCCUUCGGUUAUCUCUGGACACGAUUAUUAUGAGUUUUAAAAUUUUUAACCCACUUCUACCUGCCCAACUGUGACCAACUAAAUGACAGAGGUGUGAGAACAAGAACUGAGGGAAAGCACCUUCCGCCACCGCAGACGUUUUUACCUGAAUGCAUACAAGGAGUCCUGAGGUGGUGAUGUGGCCAGUGUUUUAACUUGUGACAAGUACUCAGGUGUGAGGACAAGAAUGCAAAUGGCUCUUCCCUGAGUGAAAGACAUGGGGAGUCCAGUGCCUCAUUAUGCCAAAGAAUCACAGAAGAAACUUCUUUCCAUUAAAUGGGGAAAUACAGUGCUAUUUGCUAAAACUCGGAUAAGAAUGCAAACCUCUCAUCUCUCCACAACUUCAUGUGCUGCUGACUAAUUUUAAUCAUGGCCACAACUGGGGCAAAAUAAUCCCCAAAGCAGAAAAAGUCCCAGUUUAACAAGGAAUGUAAUGUUAAAAUCACUUAUAAGGAAUUCUUUGAAGCCAAAUCCUUUGAAAUCUAAUUCCUGGGACUUCUAGGUUUUUAUAGUUAACAUAUUAAUUUCUUCAAUAAAUGGUUAACUUCAAAGUUUUAAUUUGUAUCUUUAA